UUGCGAUUUCUGAAGCCCGUUGUACCGUCCCUCCGUAGAUAAACGGAACUACGAUGUAUCUGAGGUGCAUUAUCCUCGUGUCUGUUGUUACAAGCUCUAUGGGUCUGGAAUUUGAAGCUGGGAGGAGUCGAAGCCAGCCGAGCGCAACCGUUGACACGUAGAAAGAUGGUGCACUGUGUUGACGAGAACGUCAAGUUCCUGGGACCGAAGAGCUUCGAGGUUGAGAAGCACAACAGAAACGAGGAGACCAGGAUGUCGAUAACCCGCAGCAAGCGAAGAGCGAAAUGCACGGUUGAAACAACAGUCUUGAACGAUGGUCCGAGCGAUGGGUACGACCGCAGCUACCAUCAUCAUCGCCAUCAUCAUCCACCCCCGAAGAACUUCAACACGAAGACCUCGUACAGCGUGAGCAGAACGGUGACGACGCCACCCGUCGAGCACACCUUCAAUACCCGGCAUUCCUCCUCCUCCUCCGACAGCGACGUCUCGUCCCAAAUCGCCCACGACUCCCAUCCAAGCCAUGAAAACCUCCCGAUUAUACCCCAUCUUCCGGCCAUUCCCCACAUCGGUCAUGAGUCGACUUACCCCCGUCAGGGAGGCGGCGCCGUUGAAUCACCGGAUGAAAACGAUCGCAACGCCCACGACACGGCCUUCGGGGGUCCGGAACCGGGCCCAGGAGAGAAGACGAUUACAUUCAAGACGAACACCCACCGGCAGGAGAAGGUCGACCAGCAUGGAUUCGUAAGGGAAAAGACGAACGGAUAUCCGGUGCGACCGAACGAGGAAUGGAGGGCCAGGUUCAAGGACAUGCCGUUUCUCGUCGACGAGAAUGGCCGCAUCAUCGCCAACGCCGCAAGCUCCACCUUCGACUCCAGCUUCUUCGGGGUUAAAUUCGCGUUUGUUCUUCUUCUGCAGAUCACGAUUUGGGUUUUCUUCGAACUGUAAUUUCAGUUCUUUUCUCAUUUUUUUUUUUUUUUUCAUUUUUUCCCUCAAAAUUUGAAGCACAACGAGAGUUGCAAGUUGACAUUCAGGAAUACCGUCAGUCGGUAUCACGCUCAGUAAUUACCGCAAUUUUUCUACCUGCGAGUUUUCGGAAAUCAAACAACCGCCGGAAUCAUCGCUGAAAUAUUUUAAUGUCUGUUAAGUUUGAAUAUAGUUCUUUAUUUUGGUUGUCAUAUUAUAUCUAUUAUAUAUAUAUAUACGUAUAUGUAACGCGAUUACGCGUUACAG